AUUCAAUGACGAUCGAUAUGGAUGUGUUCCUGCUCAUACCGAAGCUAAACCUGGACACGGUGAAAAUAUUUCUCGAAGAAAACAAACUAAUCGAUUGUACAAUCAAGCUGCACCGAACACGCAGCAUUGUACCGAAGAGAGCCUAUGAAAGUAUUUCGGUAACUAAGAUAACGCUGGAAAGCAACACCGAUGCCGACGAAAAGGUUCAACGGACAUUAACGGCAGAAAUAAAUGAGAGACAGAAGCGGACUAAACGAAAAAAGGCUCAGGAUAAAAAACAUGUCAUAAUUUUGCAAUUUACUGGCAAACUACAAAAUGUUAGUUCUGCCCACUGCAAUGAAUGUAGCCGAGAGAAAGUAAAUUGCAGUGCCAUUCCAAGCUUCCUGUACUGGAUUCAACACAAGCAGCAGGAAAGAAAAGCGAUCGACUAUAAGGAAAACAAGAACCCCGAUGAAGAAAAUGCACCGAAGAAGAAACGUCUGCUAAAACGGGAAUGUCAUGUGUUGCUAGUACGCUUAGACGUUAACAAAUAUGUUAGGACAAAAGAGACCGUUCCAGCUACCACCACCAAGCCCGUACUAAAGAAGAUCCAGAAAGAGAGUGUUCCCAUCGCACCGGAUCAGCUCGAAAAGGCACGCAAGCUUUCCCUGGUACACUUUAUCCAAGCGUUUAAGGGUGAUGAUGUAGAUAAGUUUCUGAAAUUUUGUACCACCGGUAUGCAGGGAGAGGUGUGCGGUUCCGUGCCACAGCUUACACUCGGCCAGGCUGACACCGACCUGUGGCACGAGCUGCGUAUCGGGCGCAUAACUGCUUCCCGCAUCCGGGAAGCUGCCCGUUGCACAAUGCUGGGCGGAUCGCUGCGGGAUCGUAUCAUGGGUGUUUCGUCUGGCUUUUCUAUGGCCAUGAAACGGGGCACCGAUCUCGAAGGGCACGUGCUAGCCGAACUAUGCAAAGAAUAUCCUGACCUGCGGGAUAUCGGACUCGUACUCGAUCCCGAAUGUCCUUGGAUGGGUGCAUCGCCCGACGGUAUCUGUGACGAGUUUGUGCUAGAGAUCAAGUGUCCGUACACGCCCAAGACGUACGCAUGUUACGUCGAUGUGAAGAAACUUUCGCCCAAGUACUUCGCCCAGAUACAGCUACAGAUGCACAUUACGCACCGUAGGAAGGCGUUGCUGGCCGUGGCAGCGCUCGAUUUCGAAAAGACGAAGCAUAUAGCGAAAGUGUGGAUCGAAUAUGAUGAACAGUAUGUUAAGGACAUAAUGGAGCAUGCAUUCGAAUUCUGGCGAAAGGCCAUAUUUACUGCGCUGCUUCGUAAGCGCAAAGGCAAGAAGUAA